UUCUUGCGCUUGCGCAGUCCUGUGUGUCUGACCUUCAUAGAAGUAACCAUGUUCGCCAGGACCAGCGCGUUGGUUUUCCUCCCACAAUGUGGGCAGGUCAGGAACAUGGCCACCCUGAAGGACAUCACCAUCAGGUUGAAGUCCAUCAAGAAUAUCCAGAAGAUCACCAAGUCCAUGAAGAUGGUGGCAGCUGCCAAGUACGCCCGUGCUGAGCGGCAGCUGAAGCCUGCCCGUGUCUACGGCACUGGUGCUCUCGCCCUGUACGAGAAGGCUGACAUCAAAGCCCCCGAGGAGAAGACAGGGAAGCACCUGAUCAUCGGCGUAUCGUCUGACCGCGGGCUCUGCGGUGCUAUCCACUCCAACGUGGGCAAGGCCAUCAAGAGCGAGAUCGCCAGUCUGACCAGCACGGGCAAAGAUGUGAUGGUGGUCAACGUUGGAGACAAGCUCAGGGCACUGCUGCAGAGGACCCACAACAAACACCUCCUCCUGAGCUGCAAGGAGGUGGGCCGCAAGCCCCCCACCUUCGCCGACGCUUCCAUCAUCGCGGCUGCGGUCCUCGACUGCGGCUACGAGUUCGACCAGGGCUCAGUUAUCUUCAACAGAUUCAGGUCUGUCAUCUCAUACAAGACGGAUGAGAAGCCCCUGUAUUCCGUGGACACCAUUGCUAACGCAGAGAGCAUGGGCAUCUAUGAUGACAUCGAUGCUGAUGUGCUGAGAAACUACCAAGAGUUUGCCCUGGUCAACAUCAUCUACUAUGGUCUGAAGGAGUCAACCACCAGUGAGCAGAGUGCCAGGAUGACUGCCAUGGACAGCGCCAGCAAGAAUGCCUCUGAGAUGAUUGACAAGCUGACCCUGACCUUCAACCGUACCAGACAGGCUGUCAUCACCAAGGAGCUCAUUGAGAUCAUCUCUGGAGCUGCUGCUCUAUAAAGCGGUGAGAUCCUCCUGUCAUCCAUCCAUCUACAGCGGUCCUUGCGCCUCUGCUUCAAGUCCUUCAGACAGCUGUUGUCAAGAGUUUAUGAACAUUUGUGCUUCUAUUUGUAAAAUAUUCAGAAAAAUAAACCUCUUACAGAGAACUGUGAUCCUUUCAUGUGUCCUGUUAAGCUUUCCUCACAAUAAAUACUUGUUGUGACCCUAAAA